AUGGCACUCCCAGAGAACAUGAAAGCAGUCGUAUUCCAUGGACCAUACCAAGUGGCUAUAGAAGAUUGGCCAGUGCCAAGGAUACAAGCGUCGACGGAUGUUAUUGUCAAGGUUAAGUAUACUGCACUUUGUGGCAGUGAGCUACAUGUCUUUCGUGGUCACCAACCUUCCAAAACUGGUUUUAUUAUGGGCCAUGAGUUUACGGGUACCGUUGUUGAGAAGGGGGACGAUGUGAAGACUUUGGCAGUUGGGGAUGUCAUCGUUAGUCCGUUCACAACUUCGUGCGGUACGUGCUUCUAUUGCAAGCAGGGCUUCUCUUCCCGCUGUGCGAAUUCUUUGCUGUUUGGCUGCCCUGUUCUGGAUGGUGGCCAGGCUGAAUAUGCUCGGGUUCCAUAUGCAGAUACCACAGUCUGCAAAGCUCCUGAAGGCAUUGACGAGAAACUACUCGUCCUGAUGGCCGACAUUUACCCAACAGGCUUCUUCGCAGCCAGCAGCGGAUUCAAAGAAUACACCAAAGAACAAGCUGCAGAUCUAACCGUGGUUGUUAUUGGAUGCGGUCCGGUCGGGCUACUUGCCAUUAUCAAUGCUCUAGAGUAUAAACCAAAACAUCUUUUGGCGGUAGACUCUGUGGAACCUCGUCUCGAACUUGCGAAAAAGCUGGGUGCAGAGCCAUGGAACUUUUUGAAGGAUCGCGAGGGACUGGAUAAGCGGGUCAAGGAAUUGACGGAUGGUCGGGGAGCUGAUGUGGUUAUUGAGGUUGUAGGAUUGAGUCCGGCUUUGCGAAUGGCUUUUGACCUUCUUCGUCCAUGGGGUACUAUCAGCAGUGUUGGAGUGCACAAUGCCGAGAUUCCAUGGACUGGCAGUGAGGCCUAUGGCAAGAACUUGAAGCUGCAAAUGGGUCGGUGCCCAGUGCGCUCGGUGUUCCCUCAGGCUUUGGAAUCAUUGAAGAGAAAUCAGCAUCUACUCGGAUUCAUGGCGGACAAGGUAAUGCCUCUUUCCGAAGCAGUCGAGGGUUAUGACUUGUUCGACAAGAUGAAGGUGCAGAAAGUGAUCUUUGAAGCAUAA